CACAGGCACAAGGAGCUCGAAACUGCACUCGCGCACCCUUCAGACAGAAGCUCGAAAUCGGUGCGAGACAGAAAGCCCUCAACUGAACUUUAGGAUGGCUUCAAAGAGGAUCAACAAGGAGUUGAAGGACCUCCAGAGGGACCCUCCAGCUUCAUGCAGUGCUGGUCCUGUUGCUGAUGACAUGUUUCACUGGCAAGCUACAAUUAUGGGCCCUGCAGAUAGCCCAUUUGCUGGUGGAGUGUUUCUUGUGUCUAUCCACUUUCCGCCCGAUUACCCUUUCAAGCCUCCCAAGGUUUCUUUCCGCACGAAAGUUUUCCACCCUAAUAUUAACAGCAAUGGCAGCAUCUGCCUUGACAUUCUCAAGGAGCAGUGGAGCCCUGCCCUUACAGUAUCCAAGGUUCUUCUGUCCAUCUGCUCGCUGCUGACAGACCCGAACCCAGAUGAUCCUCUGGUUCCUGAGAUUGCUCACAUGUACAAGAGUGACAGACUCAAGUAUGAGUCGACUGCCCGCUCCUGGACGCAGAAAUAUGCCAUGGGCUAAUACUGCUAGGUUCUGCCUUAAGGGAGUUUUAGUGGCUACUGAUAAUAAUAAUAAUAUGUAAAUGAUAGAUACCUAUUUGAGGAUUUUAAGAAACCUGUGUGGGUGGUUCAAUUGUGUUUGAGAGAAGUAAGUUACUGGCUACGGAAGGCUUUAUGAACAAAUUGAUUUGUGUAUCUCUUUGAUAUCUCUGUCUGUGUUUGGCAUGUUAAGAGUAGGGGCAGGCAUUAUAUGCAUAUGGAACGUAUAAUAAAUGUUGUUUGAGCAGCCA